AUGGCCACUAUCGGUAUUGCUUUUGGUAACUCCAGCACUUCUUUUGCAACCAUCAAGGACGGCAAGGUUGACGUUAUUGCAAACCCAGAUGGUGAAAGAUUCAUCUCCUCUGCAUUAUCCUACGUCGAUGGUGACGAAUAUCACGGUCAGCAAGCACUUGCACAACUUGUCAGAAACCCACGUAGCACAAUUGUCAACUUCAGAGACUUCAUUGGUGUUCCAUUCUCUGAUAUCAACGAUGAAUACUCCAAGUACGCUGCUCAUCCAGUUGAAUUCAACGGUAAGGUUGGAUACGAAAUCAACGGUAACAAGCUUUCCAUCGACGAAAUCGUGAAAAGACAUCUCAAGCAAAUCAAGAACGCAGCUGAAGACUAUUUGGGACAGUCUAUUGAAAGUACCGUCAUCACAGUUCCAACCAAUUUCUCCGAAACUCAAAAAGAAAACCUUGUCAAAAUCGCAGCAGAUGCAGGACUGAAGGUUUCCCAGUUGAUAAACGAACCAUCUGCCGCAUUAUUGGCACACUUGUCCAACAAGGAACAGCUUUUAGAAGAUAAGCUUUAUGUUGUUGCUGACUUCGGUGGUAUUAGAUCAGAUGCCGCUGUCGUUGCUGUCAGAGGUGGUAUCAUGACCUUGCUAGCAACUGAACAUAGCACAAAGUUGGGUGGUGCUGAAUUGGAUCAAUCUUUGAUUGACUUCUUUGCUGCUGACUUCCAAAAGAAAUUCAAAGCCGAUGCAAAGAAAACUGAAAAAUCUUAUUCUAAAUUAUCAGCUGCUGCUACGAUUACCAAAAAGACAUUGUCUAAUGUCCAAACUGCAAAUGUCUCUGUUGACUCCCUCUCUGAUGGUUUUGACUACAUGUCUUCUAUCAACAGAUUGAGAUUCGAAUUGGUUGGUAGAAAAGUCUUUUCUGAAAUGACACAAUUCAUCGAAUCAUUGGUCAAGAAGGCAGGAUUGGAAACUUUGGACAUCGAAUCCGUCUUGUUGGUCGGUGGUACAUCUAAUAUUCCAAAGGUCGCAAACACCCUAGCACUUGUUUUCCCAGAAUCUACUGAAAUUUAUGCACCUGCCAUCGACUCCAAGUUGCCAAAUCCAAAUGAGUUGAAUUGUAGAGGUGCAGCAAUUCAAGCUUCUUUGAUUGCAGGUUUCGAUGCUGAAGAAAUCAAGGAAUCAUUAGAACCGGUUGUUGUCAACACCGAGCACAUUCAAGCUCCAAUUGGUAUCAAAGAUGCCGAAGGUAAAUUUACCACCAUUUUGCCAAGAGAAACUGCAUACCCAAUUAAGAAGUCCAUUUCUUUCAUCGCUGCAUCCGACAACGCUGAAAUUGAAUUUUACGAAGGUAAGCGUACCAUCAAGGAGACUGUUGUCGAACCAGAACAGUAUUCUGAUGAUGAAGAAGACGAAGAGGAAGAAGAACCGGAAGUCAUCAGGGAAGUUGAAUACGUUCCAGGUACUUUACUUGGCAAGAUGGUUUUGAAGGGCGCUGAAUCGGGAAAGAAGGUUGAUGUCAUUGUUCAAAUCGACAGAGACGGAAAAAUGCGUUUGACUGGUAGAUCUGGUGACGUUGUUGUUAAGGGUGAAGUCUCUCAAGCUUAA